AUGAAGCAAGUGUUGCGGCUGCGACCAGCCGCCUCCAACUUUUUACAAAGUAUUGAGAGAUCUCAACCGCGACAAUUCUGCGCCACCCGAUCCUUCCACAACUCUACUGCCUGGUUACAAGAGAAGGAUGCAGACGAGAAACCUUCCUUCAGAGGUCAACUAUACCAAAGUACAUCAGAUCGAUUGCAACGAGAACGAGCCGACCAAGCGCGAUACAUCAAAGAUGCUGAGGCCUCCAACCCCGGCCAGGGGAGAACUCUUGCGCUCAGCAUUGUGAUUCUAUCCGUCGCUGGAGUUGCCUAUGUGCUAGGUACACGCUCCGAAAAGGCAGUCGAUACCUCUUCCACUACCUCUCUAACCCGAGCACUCAAACCUCAACACGAUACACGAACCUCCGUAUUACAAGCUGCCUGGACUGAUCUAGCUCUGAUUGUUGGAAAAGAACAUGUCUCAACGGUUUCAGGUGAUCUCGAUGCUCAUUCAGGAUCCGAAUGGUCUUCCUAUGCUGUCAAGCCCAAUGAGAGGCCUUUUGCCAUUGUCUAUCCCGCUAGCACGGAAGAGGUCUCGAAGGUGAUGAAGAUGUGCCACGAUCGAAAAAUACCUGUUACUGCCCUGUCUGGAGGUACGAGUCUAGAAGGCCAUUUUGCUCCAACAAGAGGAGGUAUCUGUAUCGAUCUGGGCAGAAUGGACAAGAUUCUCAAAUUCCAUCCCGAAGAUUUGGAUAUUGUGGUACAGCCGGCUCUUGGAUGGGAAGACCUGAACGAAGAUCUAGCCGAACAUGGUAUGUUCUUUCCACCUGACCCAGGCCCAGGUGCGAAAAUCGGUGGCAUGGUUGGUACCGGUUGUUCAGGUACAAAUGCCUAUCGGUAUGGAACUAUGCGCGACUGGGUUGUUUCCCUCACAGUGGUCCUGGCCGAUGGUACAGUCAUUAAAACUCGUCGACGACCAAGGAAAUCAAGUGCUGGUUAUAAUUUGACCCAAAUGUUUAUUGGUAGUGAAGGCACUCUAGGCAUUGUCACCGAAGCCACCUUGAAGGUCACAGUUUUGCCCAAGAGUCAAAACGUCGCGGUUGCUACCUUUCCCACAAUUCACGCGGCUGCUGAUUGUGUUGCUAAAGUGGUUGGUGAAGGCAUUCAAGUCGCUGGUAUGGAGAUCCUAGAUGAUGUGCAAAUGAGAUGUAUCAACAAGAGUGGAACUACAAGUCGACAAUGGCAAGAAGCACCCACGCUAUUCUUCAAGUUUGCUGGAACGCCAGAUGGGAUCAAAGAACAAAUCCAAACGGUUCAAAAAAUUGCCAAGUCAGCCAAAAACGAAAAGUUCGAAUUUGCCCGAAAUAAUGAUGAAGCCUUGGAGCUUUGGAGUGCUCGGAAAGAGGCAUUGUGGAGUGUGAUGGCCAUGAAGAGGGAUGCGAACGACCAUGUCUGGACCACCGAUGUUGCCGUCCCGAUCAGCAGAUUGGCCGAUAUCAUCCAAGAAACACGCGAUGAUGUUGCCAAAAAUGGGCUCCUUGGUGGAAUAUGUGGCCAUGUUGGUGACGGCAAUUUCCAUACCAUUCUUUUGUACAAUGACACCGAGAAGAAGGUUGCUGAAGAGGUUGUUCAUCGGAUGUGCAAACGGGCCAUUGAGAUGGAAGGCACAGUAACCGGGGAACAUGGUGUUGGCUUGAAGAAACGAGAAUUCCUGAUCGAAGAACUCGGAGAGGACACUAUAAAUGCGAUGCGCAAGGAGAACAACUCCUUCGUCCUCCGUGGUAUCAAGGACGUUUUCUUCGAAGAUCGCCCUGUGCCAAAACUCUCGAACCCUCACGAUGUCCUUCUGCAAGUCAACUUCACUGGCAUUUGUGGCUCCGAUGUCCAUUACUGGCAGCACGGACGGAUAGGACACUAUGUGGUCAACGAUCCCAUGGUGCUCGGACACGAGUCCGCAGGCACUGUCCUAGAAGUCGGCACAGAGGUCAAGUCCUUAAAGAAGGGAGAUCGUGUUGCCAUGGAGCCUGGAGUACCUUGCCGGCGUUGCAUCCGUUGCAAGGAAGGAAAAUAUAAUCUAUGCUUCGAAAUGGCUUUUGCUGCGACCCCACCAUAUGACGGCACGUUGGCCAAAUAUUAUGUUCUACCUGAAGAUUUCUGCUAUAAACUUCCCGAUCAUGUUUCGCUGGAAGAAGGUGCUCUGUUUGAACCACUGGCUGUCGGAGUUCACAUCACAAAGCAGGCAGGCGUCAAGCAAGGAGACACAGUAAUCGUGUUCGGUGCCGGCCCGGUCGGAUUACUCUGUGCUGCUGUUUCACGGGCAUUUGGAGCCAAGAAAGUCAUCGCAGUUGAUAUCAAUGAAGAGCGUCUCGACUUCGCCAAAUCUUUUGUCGCCGAUGCCACUUUCGUUCCGUCGAAGGUUUCUGCGCAGGAGAACGCUCAACGGUUAAAGGAUGAACACGACCUCGGCCAAGGUGCUGAUGUCGCGAUCGAUGCCAGUGGUGCUGAACCUAGUGUUCAAACGGCAAUUCACGCAGUUCGAAACGGCGGUACUUACGUCCAAGGUGGUAUGGGACGAGACGAGAUCACUUUCCCGAUCAUGGCUGCAUGUACCAAGGAAUUGACCAUCCGGGGAAGUUUCAGAUACGCCAGCGGUGACUAUCAAGUGGCAUUGGAUCUUGUCAGCAGUGGGAAGAUUGAUGUCAAGAAGUUGAUUAGUAGGAAAGUCGGUUUCGAUGAGGCUGUCCAGGCUUUCGAGGAUGUCAAGGCAGGCAAGGCCAUCAAGGUCUUGAUUGAAGGCCCAAAGUAA